GUGCGGCAGCGGCGGGCGGAGUCGGGAGGCGGGGAAGCUGUGGUUGUGUGAGCGUGAGGAGCCGCCGCCACCGCCUCCUCCUCGCCGUCCUCCUCCUCCUGGGCCCGGGCGUCGCGGGCCGCGCACGGCCCUGGAAGAGACGUCGCCUCCCCUUCCUCCGCCUCCCCCUGGCCGCGCCGCUCCCGCCUCCUCGUCCUGCGCUGCGGGCUCAGGCGGAACCCGGAACGGCCGUCCGCCUCCCCCGCCCUCCGCCGCCUCCUCCUCCUCUUCGGCUUCCUUCUCACCCCCGGGCCGGAGCGGAGUGUCGGCGGCCGCCGGUUCGGGCGGCGACUCGCGCUUCUUCGGGCGGCGGCGCUUGGCCAUGUCGUGUCGGGGAAGGUAAUGAGCCGCAGAGCCCCGGGGUCUCGGCUGAGCAGCGGCGGCGGCGGCGGCACCAAGUACCCGCGGAGCUGGAAUGACUGGCAACCCAGAACUGAUAGUGCAUCAGCCGACCCAGAUAAUUUAAAAUACUCCUCAUCCAGAGAUAGGGGUGUAUCUUCCUCUUAUGGACUGCAACCUUCGAAUUCAGCUGUGGUGUCUCGGCAAAGGCACGAUGAUACCCGAGUGCAUGCUGACAUACAGAAUGACGAAAAGGGUGGCUACAGUGUCAAUGGAGGAUCUGGGGAAAAUACUUAUGGUCGGAAGUCGAUGGGGCAAGAGCUGAGGGUUAACAAUGUGACCAGCCCUGAGUUCACCAGUGUUCAGCAUGGCAGUCGUGCGUUAGCCAUCAAAGACAUGAGGAAAUCACAGGAGCGUUCGAUGUCUUAUUCUGAUGAGUCUCGACUGUCGAAUCUUCUUCGGAGGAUCACCCGGGAAGACGACAGAGACCGAAGACUGGCUACUGUAAAGCAGUUGAAAGAAUUUAUUCAGCAACCAGAAAAUAAGCUGGUACUAGUUAAGCAGUUGGAUAAUAUCUUGGCUGCUAUACAUGAUGUGCUUAAUGAAAGUAGCAAAUUGCUUCAGGAGUUGAGACAGGAGGGAGCUUGCUGUCUUGGACUUCUUUGUGCUUCUCUGAGCUAUGAGGCUGAGAAGAUCUUCAAAUGGAUUUUUAGUAAAUUUAGCUCAUCUGCAAAAGAUGAAGUUAAACUCCUCUACUUAUGUGCCACCUACAAAGCACUGGAGACUGUAGGAGAAAAGAAAGCCUUCUCAUCUGUAAUGCAGCUUGUAAUGAGCAGCCUGCAGUCCAUUCUUGAAAAUGUGGAUACACCAGAAUUACUUUGCAAAUGUGUUAAGUGCAUUCUUUUGGUGGCUCGAUGUUAUCCUCAUAUUUUCAGCACUAAUUUUAGGGAUACAGUUGAUAUAUUAGUUGGAUGGCAUAUAGAUCAUACUCAGAAACCUUCACUAACACAGCAAGUGUCUGGGUGGUUGCAGAGUUUGGAGCCAUUUUGGGUAGCUGACCUUGCAUUUUCUACCACACUUCUUGGUCAGUUUCUGGAGGACAUGGAAGCUUAUGCAGAGGAUCUCAGCCAUGUGGCUUCUGGGGAGUCAGUGGAUGAAGAUGUUCCUCCUCCAUCAGUGUCAUUACCAAAGUUGGCAGCACUUCUCCGGGUAUUCAGUACUGUGGUGAGGAGCAUUGGGGAACGCUUCAGCCCAAUCCGUGGUCCUCCAAUUACUGAGGCUUAUGUAACAGAUGUUCUGUACAGAGUAAUGAGAUGUGUGACGGCUGCAAACCAAGUGUUUUUUUCUGAGGCUGUGUUGACAGCUGCUAAUGAGUGUGUUGGUGUUUUGCUCGGCAGCUUGGAUCCUAGCAUGACUAUACAUUGUGACAUGGUCAUUACAUAUGGAUUAGAUCAACUGGAGAACUGCCAGACUUGUGGUACAGAUUAUACCAUCUCAGUCUUGAAUUUACUCACAUUGAUUGUUGAACAAAUAAAUACAAAACUACCAUCAUCAUUUGUGGAAAAAUUGUUUAUACCAUCAUCUAAACUACUAUUUUUGCGUUACCAUAAAGAAAAAGAGGUUGUUGCUGUAGCUCAUGCUGUUUAUCAAGCAGUGCUCAGCCUGAAGAAUAUUCCUGUUUUGGAGACUGCCUAUAAGUUAAUUUUGGGAGAAAUGACUUGUGCCCUAAACAGUCUGCUACACAGUCUACAACUUCCUGAUGCCUGUUCUGAAAUAAAACAUGAGGCUUUUAAGAAUCAUGUGUUCAAUGUAGACAAUGCAAAAUUUGUAGUUAUAUUUGACCUCAGUGCUCUGACUACAAUUGGAAAUGCCAAAAACUCGUUGAUUGGGAUGUGGGCACUUUCACCAACUGUCUUUGCCCUCCUGAGUAAGAACCUGAUGGUUGUUCAUAGUGACCUGGCUGUCCACUUCCCGGCUAUUCAGUAUGCAGUGCUCUACACAUUGUACUCCCAUUGCACAAGGCAUGAUCACUUUAUAUCCAGUAGUCUUAGUUCUUCAUCCCCGUCUUUGUUUGAUGGAGCCGUGAUUAGUACUGUAACUACAGCUACAAAAAAACAUUUCUCUAUUAUAUUAAAUCUCCUGGGAAUAUUGCUUAAGAAAGAUAAUCUUAACCAGGACACAAGGAAACUGUUAAUGACUUGGGCUUUGGAAGUGGCUGUUUUAAUGAAGAAAUCUGAAACAUACGCACCUCUGUUUGCUCUUCCAUCUUUCCAUAAAUUUUGUAAAGGCCUUUUAGCUAACACUCUUGUCGAAGAUGUGAAUGUCUGCCUACAGGCGUGUAGCAGUCUACAUGCUUUGUCCUCUUCCUUACCAGAUGACCUUUUACAAAGAUGUGUUGAUGUUUGCCGUGUUCAACUAGUCCAUAGUGGAACUCGUAUUCGACAAGCAUUUGGGAAGCUUUUGAAGUCAAUUCCUUUAGAUGUUGUCCUAAGCAAUAAUAAUCACACAGAAAUUCAGGAAAUUUCUUUAGCAUUAAGAAGCCACAUGAGUAAAGCACCAAGUAACACAUUCCACCCCCAAGAUUUCUCUGAUGUUAUUAGUUUUAUUUUAUAUGGAAACUCUCAUAGAACAGGGAAGGACAAUUGGUUAGAAAGAUUGUUCUAUAGCUGCCAGAGACUGGAUAAGCGUGACCAAUCAGCCAUUCCCCGCAAUCUUCUGAAGACUGAUGCCGUUCUCUGGCAGUGGGCUAUUUGGGAAGCAGCACAGUUCACGGUCCUUUCUAAGUUGAGAACCCCACUGGGCAGAGCUCAAGAUACUUUCCAGACAAUAGAAGGCAUCAUUAGAAGUCUUGCAGCUCACACAUUAAACCCUGAUCAGGAUGUUAGUCAAUGGACAACUGCAGACAACGAUGAAGGGCACAGUAGCAACCAACUCAGACUUGUUCUUCUUCUGCAGUAUCUAGAAAAUUUGGAGAAGUUAAUGUAUAAUGCAUAUGAGGGAUGUGCUAAUGCAUUGACGUCACCUCCCAAGGUCAUUCGGACUUUCUUCUAUACCAAUCGCCAAACCUGUCAAGACUGGCUGACUCGAAUCCGACUCUCUAUCAUGAGAGUUGGAUUGUUGGCAGGUCAGCCUGCUGUGACAGUGAGACAUGGCUUUGACUUGCUUACAGAAAUGAAGACAAACCUAGCUCAGGGAAAUGAAUUAGAAGUAACCAUCAUGAUGGUGGUAGAAGCACUGUGUGAGCUUCAUUGUCCUGAAGCUAUACAGGGAAUUGCUGUCUGGUCAUCUUCAGUUAUUGGAAAAAGUCUUCUGUGGAUUAACUCGGUGGCUCAACAGGCUGAAGGGAGGUUUGAAAAGGCCUCUGUAGAGUACCAGGAGCAUCUGUGUGCCAUGACAGGUGUUGAUUGCUGCAUCUCCAGCUUUGACAAAUCUGUUCUCAGUUUGGCCAAUGCCGGGCGCAACAGUGCCAGCCCCAAACAUUCUCUGAACGGUGAAUCCAGAAAAACUGUGUUGUCCAAACCAACUGACUCUUCCCCUGAAGUUAUAAAUUAUUUGGGAAAUAAAGCCUGUGAGUGCUAUAUUUCAAUUGCGGACUGGGCUGCUGUUCAGGAAUGGCAGAAUGCAAUUCAUGACUUGAAAAAGAGUACCAGCAGUACUUCUCUCAACCUAAAGGCUGAUUUCAACUACAUAAAAUCACUGAGCAGUUUUGAGUCUGGAGAAUUUGUUGAAUGUACUGAGCAAUUAGAAUUGUUACCUGGAGAAAAUAUCAAUCUACUUGCUGGAGGAUCAAAAGAAAAAAUAGAUAUGAAAAAACUGCUCCCUAACAUGUUAAGCCCAGAUCCCAGGGAACUUCAGAAAUCCAUUGAAGUUCAGUUAUUGAGAAGUUCUGUUUGUUUGGCAACUGCUUUAAACCAUAUAGAACAAGAUCAGAAGUGGCAGUCUAUAACUGAAAAUGUGGUAAAAUACUUGAAGCAAACCUCCCGCAUAGCUAUUGGACCCCUGAGACUUUCAACUUUGACGGUUUCACAGUCCCUGCCGGUGUUGAGCACCUUACAGCUGUAUUGCUCUUCUGCUCUGGAGAACACAGUCUCUAACAGACUUUCAACAGAGGACUGUCUUAUUCCACUCUUCAGUGAAGCUUUACGUUCAUGUAAACAGCAUGAUGUGAGGCCAUGGAUGCAGGCUUUACGAUAUACCAUGUACCAGAGUCAGUUGUUGGAGAAAAUAAAAGAACAAACAGUUCCAAUUAGAAGCCAUCUCAUGGAAUUAGGCCUGACAGCAGCAAAAUUUGCUAGAAAACGUGGGAAUGUGUCACUUGCAACAAGACUUCUGGCACAGUGUAGUGAGGUUCAGCUGGGAAAGACAACCACAGCACAGGAUUUAGUCCAGCAUUUUAAAAAACUAUCAACUCAGAGUCAAGUGGAUGAAAAAUGGGGGCCUGAACUUGAUAUUGAAAAGACCAAAUUGCUAUAUACAGCAGGCCAGUCAACACAUGCAAUGGAAAUGUUGAGUUCUUGUGCCAUAUCUUUUUGCAAGUCUGCCAAAGCUGAAUAUGCAGUUGCCAAGUCAAUUCUGACACUGGCUAAAUGGAUCCAGGCAGAAUGGAAAGAAAUUUCAGGGCAGCUGAAACAGGUUUACAGAGCUCAGCAACAGCAGAACUUCUCAGGUCUCUCUACUUUGUCUAAAAACAUACUAACAUUAAUAGAAUUGCCAUCUGUUAAUACAGUGGAAGAAGAGUAUCCUAGGAUUGAGAGUGAAUCUACAGUUCAUAUUGGAGUUGGAGAACCUGACUUCAUUUUGGGACAGUUGUAUCAUCUGUCUUCAGUACAAGCACCUGAAGUAGCAAAAUCGUGGGCUGCUUUGGCUAGUUGGGCUUAUAGGUGGGGCAGAAAGGUGGUCGACAAUGCAAGCCAGGGAGAAGGUGUACGUCUGCUGCCUAGAGAAAAAUCUGAAGUUCAAAAUCUGCUUCCAGACACUAUAACUGAAGAAGAAAAAGAGAGAAUAUAUAGUAUUCUUGGACAGGCUGUGUGUCGGCCAGCAGGGAUUCAGGAUGAGGAUAUAACGCUUCAGAUAACAGAAAGUGAAGAUAAUGAGGAAGAUGACAUGGUUGAUGUUAUCUGGCGUCAGUUAAUAUCAAGCUGCCCAUGGCUUUCAGAACUUGAUGAAAGUGCAACAGAAGGCGUUAUCAAAGUGUGGAGGAAGGUCGUAGAUAGAAUAUUCAGCUUGUACAAACUGUCUUGCAGUGCAUAUUUUACUUUCCUUAAACUCAAUGCUGGCCAGAUUCCUUUAGAUGAAGAUGACCCCAGGUUACAUUUAAGUCCUCGAGCAGAGCAGAGCACUGAUGAUGUGAUUGUGAUGGCUACGCUGAGACUGCUCCGGCUGCUGGUGAAACAUGCGGGUGAACUUCGGCAGUACCUGGAGCACGGCCUGGAAACGACGCCCACUGCUCCGUGGAGAGGGAUUAUUCCACAGCUUUUCUCACGCUUAAACCAUCCUGAAGUGUAUGUGCGCCAAAGUAUUUGUAACCUUCUCUGUCGUGUGGCUCAGGAUUCCCCGCAUCUCAUCCUGUACCCUGCGAUAGUGGGCACCAUAUCACUUAGUAGUGAGUCGCAGGCUUCAGGAAAUAAAUUUUCUUCUGCAAUUCCAACUUUACUUGGCAAUAUUCAAGGAGAAGAAUUGCUCGUUUCUGAAUGUGAGGGAGGAAGUCCUCCUGCUUCUCAGGAUAGCAGUAAGGAUGAACCCAAAAGUGGAUUAAAUGAAGACCAAGCUAUGAUGCAAGACUGUUACAGCAAAAUUGUAGAUAAGCUGUCUUCUGCAAACCCAACUAUGGUGUUACAGGUUCAGAUGCUUGUGGCUGAGCUGCGCAGGGUCACUGUUCUCUGGGACGAGCUCUGGUUGGGAGUUUUGUUACAGCAGCACAUGUAUGUCCUAAGACGAAUUCAGCAGCUUGAAGAUGAGGUGAAAAGAGUCCAAAACAACAACACUCUACGCAAAGAAGAGAAAAUUGCAAUUAUGCGAGAGAAGCACACAGCUUUGAUGAAGCCCAUUGUGUUUGCUUUGGAGCACGUGAGGAGCAUCACAGCAGCCCCCGCAGAAACACCUCAUGAAAAGUGGUUUCAGGAUAACUAUGGUGAUGCAAUUGAAAAUGCCCUGGAAAAACUGAAGACACCAUCAAACCCUGCAAAGCCUGGAAGCAGCUGGAUUCCAUUUAAAGAGAUAAUGCUGAGUUUGCAGCAGAGAGCACAGAAACGUGCAAGUUACAUCUUGCGUCUUGAAGAGAUCAGUCCAUGGCUGGCUGCCAUGACUAAUACUGAAAUUGCCCUUCCUGGAGAGGUCUCAGCCAGAGACACUGUCACAAUCCACAGUGUGGGCGGAACCAUCACAAUCUUACCUACCAAAACCAAGCCAAAGAAACUCCUCUUUCUUGGAUCAGAUGGGAAGAGCUAUCCUUACCUUUUCAAAGGACUGGAGGAUUUACAUCUAGAUGAACGAAUAAUGCAGUUCCUGUCGAUUGUGAACACCAUGUUUGCUACCAUCAAUCGCCAGGAAACACCCCGUUUCCAUGCCCGGCACUACUCUGUAACACCACUUGGAACACGGUCGGGGCUUAUCCAGUGGGUGGAUGGAGCCACGCCCUUAUUUGGACUUUACAAACGAUGGCAACAGCGAGAAGCUGCCUUACAGGCACAAAAGGCUCAAGAUUCCUACCAAACUCAGAAUCCUGGAAUUGUACCCCGACCUAGUGAACUUUACUAUAGUAAAAUUGGUCCUGCUUUGAAAGCAGUUGGACUUAGUCUGGAUGUGUCCAGACGGGAUUGGCCUCUUCAUGUAAUGAAGGCAGUGUUAGAGGAACUGAUGGAGGCCACACCCCCAAAUCUCCUUGCUAAAGAACUUUGGUCAUCUUGCACCACACCUGAUGAAUGGUGGAGAGUCACACAGUCUUAUGCCAGAUCUACUGCAGUCAUGUCUAUGGUUGGAUACAUCAUUGGCCUUGGAGAUAGACAUCUGGAUAAUGUUCUUAUAGAUAUGACAACUGGAGAGGUGGUUCACAUAGAUUACAAUGUUUGCUUCGAGAAAGGUAAAAGCCUUAGAGUUCCUGAGAAAGUACCUUUUCGAAUGACACAGAACAUUGAAACAGCUUUGGGUGUAACUGGAGUAGAAGGUGUUUUUAGGCUUUCGUGUGAGCAGGUACUGCACAUUAUGCGGCGUGGCAGGGAGACCCUGCUGACCUUGUUGGAGGCCUUUGUGUACGACCCCCUGGUGGACUGGACAGCUGGGGGCGAGGCUGGCUUUGCUGGUGCUGUCUAUGGUGGGGGUGGCCAGCAGGCCGAGAGCAAACAGAGCAAGAGAGAGAUGGAACGCGAAAUCACCCGCAGUCUCUUUUCAUCCAGAGUGGCUGAAAUUAAGGUGAAUUGGUUUAAGAAUAGGGAUGAGAUGCUAAUUGUGCUUCCUAAGCUGGACAGCAGCUUAGAUGAGUACCUAAGCUUGCAAGAGCAACUGACAGAUGUUGAGAAACUACAGGGCAAGUUGCUGGAAGAAAUAGAGUUUCUGGAAGGAGCAGAAGGAGUAGACCAUCCUUCCCACACUCUGCAACACAGGUAUUCUGAGCACACUCAACUGCAGACUCAACAAAGGACUGUUCAGGAAGCAAUCCAGGUGAAGCUGAAUGAAUUUGAACAGUGGAUAACACAGUACCAGGCUGCAUUCAAUAAUCUAGAAGCAACACAGCUUGCAAGUUUGCUUCAGGAGAUUAGCACACAAAUGGAUCUUGGUCCUCCAAGCUAUGUGCCAGCCACAGCCUUCCUGCAGAACGCUGGCCAGGCGCACUUGAUCAGCCAGUGUGAGCAACUGGAGGGGGAGGUCGGUGCUCUUCUGCAGCAGAGGCGCUCGGUGCUCCGGGGCUGUCUGGAACAGCUGCACCACUAUGCAACGGUAGCCCUGCAGUAUCCAAAGGCCAUAUUUCAGAAACAUCGAAUUGAGCAAUGGAAGACCUGGAUGGAAGAGCUCAUCUGCAACACCACAGUAGAACGCUGUCAAGAACUCUACAGGAAAUAUGAAAUGCAGUAUGCUCCUCAGCCACCCCCAACAGUGUGUCAGUUCAUCACUGCCACUGAAAUGACCCUCCAGCGGUAUGCCGCAGACAUAAACAGUAGACUUAUUAGACAAGUGGAACGCUUGAAACAGGAAGCUGUCACCGUACCUGUUUGUGAAGAUCAGUUGAAAGAAAUUGAACGUUGCAUUAAAGUUUUCCUUCAUGAAAAUGGAGAAGAAGGAUCUUUGAGCCUUGCCAGUGUUAUUAUUUCUGCCCUUUGCACCCUUACAAGGCGUAACCUUAUGAUGGAAGGCGCUGCCUCAAGUGCCGGAGAGCAGCUGGUUGAUCUGACUUCUCGGGACGGAGCCUGGUUCUUAGAAGAGCUCUGCAGUAUGAGCGGAAAUGUCACUUGCCUGGUUCAGUUACUGAAACAGUGCCACCUGGUGCCACAGGACUUGGACAUCCCAAACCCCAUGGAAGCUUCUGAAGCAGUUCAUUUAGCAAAUGGAGUAUAUACCUCACUUCAGGAAUUAAAUUCAAAUUUCCGGCAAAUCAUAUUUCCAGAAGCACUUAGAUGUUUAAUGAAAGGAGAAUACACAUUAGAAAGUAUGCUUCAUGAACUGGACAGUCUUAUUGAGCAGACAACUGAUGGCGUUCCCCUGCAGACUCUAGUGGAAUCUCUUCAAGCCUAUUUAAGAAACGCUGCUAUGGGACUCGAGGAAGAAACACAUGCUCAUUACAUCGAUGUUGCCAGAAUACUUCAUGCUCAGUAUGGUGAAUUAAUCCAACCAAGAAAUGGUUCAGUUGAUGAAACACCAAAAAUGUCAGCGGGCCAGAUGCUCUUGGUAGCAUUUGAUGGCAUGUUUGCCCAAGUUGAAACUGCUUUUGGCUUGUUAGUUGAAAAGUUAAACAAGAUGGAAAUUCCUGUAGCUUGGAGAAAGAUUGACAUUAUAAGGGAAGCCAGGAGUACCCAAGUCAAUUUUUUUGAUGAUGAUAAUCACCGUCAGGUGCUAGAAGAGAUUUUCUUCCUAAAAAGACUACAGACAAUUAAGGAGUUCUUCAGGCUUUGCGGUACCUUUUCCAAAACUUUGUCAGGGUCAAGUUCACUUGAAGAUCAGAAUACUGUGAACGGACCUGUACAGAUGGUCAAUGUGAAAACCCUGUUUAGAAACUCUUGUUUCAGUGAAGACCAAAUGGCCAAACCUAUAAAGGCAUUCACAGCUGACUUUGUGAGGCAGCUCUUGAUUGGACUACCAAACCAAGCCCUGGGACUCACGCUUUGCAGUUUUAUCAGUGCUCUGGGUGUAGACAUCAUUGCUCAAGUGGAGGCGAAGGAUUUUGGUGCCGAGAGCAAAGUUUCUGUCGAUGAUCUGUGUAAGAAAGCUGUGGAGCACAACAUCCAGAUUGGGAAGUUCUCCCAGUUGGUCAUGAACAGGGCAACUGUGUUAGCAAGUUCUUAUGAUACUGCCUGGAAGAAGCAUGAUUUGGUGCGCAGGUUGGAGACCAGUAUUUCUUCUUGUAAGACAAGCCUGCAGCGUGUUCAGCUGCAUAUUGCCAUGUUUCAAUGGCAGCAUGAAGAUCUUCUCAUCAAUAGACCACAGGCCAUGUCAGUCACGCCUCCCCCUCGGUCUGCCAUCCUAACCAGCAUGAAAAAGAAACUCCAUACUCUGAGUCAGAUUGAAAGUUCAAUGGUCACAGUUCAGGACAAACUAGCAGCUCUUGAAGCAAGCAUUGAACAGCGACUCAAGUGGGCAGGUGGUGCCAACCCUGCACUAGCACCUGUGCUACAAGAUUUUGAAGCAACAAUAGCAGAAAGACGAAAUCUUGUCCUUAAAGAAAGUCAAAGAGCAAGCCAGGUCACUUUCCUCUGCAGCAAUAUCAUUCAUUUCGAAAGUUUACGAACUAGAACUGCAGAUGCCUUAAACCUGGAUGCUGCGUUAUUUGAACUAAUCAAACGCUGUCAGCAAAUGUGUUCAUUUGCAUCCCAGUUUAACAGUUCGGUCUCUGAGUUGGAGCUUCGUUUACUACAGAGAGUGGACACCAGUCUUGAACACCCUAUUGGCAGCUCUGAAUGGCUUUUGUCAGCCCACAAACAAUUGACCCAAGAUAUGUCUACACAGAGGGCAAUUCAAACAGAGAAAGAGCAGCAGAUAGACACGGUCUGUGAGACAAUUCAGAAUCUUGUUGAUAAUAUAAAGACUGUGCUCACUGGUCAUAACCGGCAACUUGCAGAUGUUAAACAUCUACUGAAAGCAAUGGCUAAGGAUGAAGAAGCUGCUCUGGCAGAUGGUGAAGAUGUUCCCUAUGAGAACAGUGUUAGGCAGUUCUUGAGUGAAUAUAAAUCAUGGCAAGACAAUAUUCAGACGGUGCUGUUUACAUUAGUUCAGGCUAUGGGUCAGGUUCGAAGUCAAGAACAUGUUGAAAUGCUUCAGGAAAUAACUCCCACCUUGAAAGAACUGAAAACACAAAGUCAGAGUAUCUAUAAUAAUUUAGUGAGUUUUGCAUCACCCUUAGUCACCGAUGCAACAAAUGAAUGUUCAAGUCCAACGUCAUCUGCUACUUAUCAGCCAUCCUUUGCUGCAGCAGUCCGGAGCAACACUGGCCAGAAGACUCAGCCUGAUGUCAUGUCACAGAAUGCUAGAAAGCUGGUUCAGAAAAAUCUUGCUACAUCAGCAGAUACUCCACCAAGCACCAUUCCAGGAACUGGCAAGAGUGUUGCUUGUAGUCCUAAAAAGGCCGUCAGAGACCCUAAGACUGGGAAAGCUGUGCAAGAGAGAAAUUCAUAUGCAGUCAGUGUGUGGAAGAGAGUGAAAGCCAAGUUAGAGGGCCGAGAUGUUGAUCCAAAUAGGAGGAUGUCAGUUGCUGAACAGGUUGACUAUGUCAUUAAGGAAGCAACUAAUCUAGAUAACUUGGCUCAGCUGUAUGAAGGUUGGACAGCCUGGGUGUGAAUGGCAAGACAGUAGAUGAGUCUGGUUAAGCGAGGUCAGACAUCCACCAGAAUCAACUCAGCCUCAGGCAUCCAAAGCCACACCACAGUCGGUGGUGAUGCAACUGGGGGUUACUCUGAGGAAACCUAGGAAAUCUCGGUGCGCUACGAAGUGAAUCCUGCAGGACAGCUGCACUCAGGGAUACGCCCAACACCAUGGCCUGCAACCCCAGGGUCAAGGGUGAAAGAAAGAAAGCUCACCGCCUGAACACGGAGAUUGUCUUUCUGCCACAGAACAGCUGCAAACGUGUCAGGAGGUUAGCUGCAGAAAGAAAUCGGGAUGUCGCGGAGCACAGAGUGAUUUGGAACUCCAUUCCACCUGACCCUGUGUGUACAAUCCAGGAAAAAACCCCGCUCAGAAACAGAGAAUACUGGGGCCGAGAAGAAAUCACAGCCAAGGAAGAUUUGAUGCAUUCAGAUUCUAGUGUAACACUUGUUGCUUGGCAACAAUACUGGUUGGGUUGACCAGUAAGUACAAACAGGCUGAGAUAUGAAUUUCAGAAAUGGACUGAAAACGGAGAGCUAUGUAACAGAAACACUACAUUGGAAGGACUUCUGAAAUGAAGGGAAAAAAACAAAACAACCCAUCCUUCUCCCCAACCCUCCUCCACUACCCACUGCCCUUUUACCUGAUAUAGAUUAGCCAUCUCUCAAACUCAUUUUUGUUUCAAUCCUUAUAUUUCUUAUUCUUUGCUCUCAGUGCUGUUAACAGCUUACAUUUGGAGUGAUAAACAGAAAUUUCUCCAAAACCAUCAAUAACAUGGGAAAUUCUGGGAUUGUUUAAAGGUCUGAUGAUCACAUACAAAAUGUAAUUCUGGUUAUUUAAGUUAUUUCUGUGAUUCUAUCAUGUACAGUUUCCAGAAUUGUCACUGUGCAUUCAAAAGUAAUGAAUCUAACAAACAUUUGAUUUAAUGUACACUCCCUUUGCUGAUAGUGUGCAUUUUUGGGAAGUCAUUCAAAUUUUCCCUCUUCUGUGAUUGCUGUAGUUUCUUUCAUAGAAAAUAGCUAAUUCAAUGUAAUCUUUUACCUUUUUAAAAGCCAGGAUAGAGUAUCUAUUAGAGUUUUACAUUGUUGAUGACAGAUUAACAAUAAAGUGAUGUUCUGGUGGAGGUAGAGUGAAAUGUUUUUUAAUUCAGUUUCCUAAUUUGAUACUUAAUUUUACUUUACAAGGUGAUACUUUUCAUUUUCAAAGUGUAAAUUAUCCUUUUGAUUUACAGACUGUAAAUUAUCCUUUUGAUUUACAGUCUGUAAAUUAAAAGUGCUUUCAUUUACCUGGCAUUUUAGGACAUGUACAUGAAACAUCAGCAAAAAUGAGAACCACCACCAUCUUUUAUUAGGUUCAGUUACUAGUCUGUGAAGUACUUUUUGUACAAUUUCUAUAGUUUGCUGUUUAGUAAUUCAUUGUGAGUUCAUGAUCAAGGUUUCCUUAAAUUAUCACUGCAUUUCAGUACUGACCUUGUAAAUUCAAUUGUUGGUCCAAAAUAAAAAUCCAGACUAGGAUUCCUAAAAUCAUCUAUCAGCACAAACUAAAAUACAGUUAAAAAUCUUCUGUACAUUUUUCUUAACCUGCAUUUUAGAAAUUAGAACUGUAAUUGCUUUCUAGUUACCAGUCUUCACAGACACACAAAAUGUGUUAAGGAUGAAUUCCACAUAGCUCUGAUCUUUUCUGUAUUCUAUGCCACAUUAUAAUCUUUAAAUACCUACAACAGAAUGCACUUCAGUAUCAGUGAUUUUUUUUAAAACUGUUUUGACAAGUAUUGCAAGAGUGGUGGUAUUUUUAAAUACCCAUGUGUCGUCUAGUAGUAAGUUAAGGAAACUCAUGCAUCAACUUUUAUUUUCUUCAUCUUGAGCCUCAUUUUCACAAUCAAAACUUAGCUGGAAUAAUAAUGCCAUAUUGUAUUUUGCACUCUGCUUUAUUUCCUAAAGACAGUGGGAGCAUUCAUCACUUGAUUACCUCUGCUCUCUUAAGAUUAAACAGGUUUUUCACAACAUUCUUUAUUGUCCCAGGAAAAACUUUUGUCACAAUGAUUAAAAAAACCAGUUCACAUUAGUUUGUUCUCUCUAGAUGGUAUUUAGAAAUUAGUUCCUCUUUGAUAAAGAAGAUAAGUGGAUUUUAUUGCCUGUGAAUUUUAGGUUUCAGAGGUACCUGGCAAAAAUACAUGCCUCUGGUAAAUUAUCUACCACUUUUGUUGUAAAAUGGUCCCUCAGAGAAUAGUGUGGCAUAUAAGUAUUUGGUUCAGGGCAGAUAAGAAUAAUUGAUGACUUCAAAUCUUAAUCUUUGCUGCACUCUGGGCUAUGAGACCCUCCUCUGUAGGGUUUGGCUUUCUCUGGGAAGUCAUUCUCAAAGGCGCUUUAUCAUUUUGAACUGUUGUAAGAAACCUCAAUAGUUAGCAAUUUUAUCAGUGGGUAAAAGGCUCUAGUGGUAGAGCAAAUUGAAGAUGGCGCUAUAUUUUGGGGAUCACCCUGUAAAAUAAUGGAAAGCUUAAGAGUGCUGUAGUUAGUAAUACAUUUAUGGUGAUACAAAGUACCUGUGGAGAACCAGGGAAUCUGCUCUUCUCUCAGAUUCGGGGGGUACCGAAUAACCUACAAACCACCUCUUCUUCAAAGUACCCCCUGGAAACUGAGGUUUCUCUUGUGUUUUUGUCUUUAAUUUGCUAAAUAAAAUUGCCUGACUUUAGUUGCUAUCUCUGCGAAGCUGUGGAGGUUUAGAAGUUCUUGGAGCUGCCUGUAGCCUGUUUCUUUGGUGUGUCUUAACUAUAUCUGGUCAUGAGUUCUUUAUAGUUUGCUAGAUAAUUAGGUUCUUUUGUGUCUGACACUUGCAGUUUUUCACAUAUGUGAGAAUUGAUAAUCAAGCUCUUGAUCUGUUUCCCUGAAUUGCUUUUUUAGUGCCCUAACCCCAGGUUUAGGGUGAGGGUUUGUAUUACAAAGAAAAACUUCCAUCACUCUGCCCUUAACACUUGCCUCUAUUACCUAAGCUUAGUUAGUAGUUAAUAUUGUCCCGUGUUUGGUGUUAUCUGCAUUUUUUUUAAUGUGGUUUUUCUGAUGUGUGAAAUUUAAGGAAAGAGCCAUUUUAAAAUGCCAAGCAGGGCAAUGCAAGUACAGCCAAAUAUUAGAGUUGAUGUGCAAUCUUAGGUCAUUUUAAACCCGGGGUAUUAUAGGCAGUACUUUGAAACAGAGUCUUCCUGGCCUAUUUUCCUCCACAUAUUUGUAAUUACGCUGGGGGCUUACUUUUUUGGCAGUACUAAAAUCAAGGGAGCUGGUUCUUCUUUUCUCUUUCUCUGAUUCUUUUCAUAUUAAACCACCUACAGUUAACCUGUUAGUCCAAUUCAUAUACAUUAAAAAUCAGUGAAUGCUUUGUUAGCACAGUUAAGUAUCUUACACAAAAUUAGUUAAUGAAAACCAAUAGCCUUCCAUUCUGUAACUUGUGGAGCUUGCAAAAUGCCAGUAAUUUAGAGCUAAGGCAUCCCUCUUGCUUAAAAGGGUAGAUAGGAUGUAUUAAUGUGAGUUUCACGAAAAGAAGGUAUUUUGUUUUCAGUGUUUGGGUUGUACUAAAGAUUUCAUAAUGAGGGGAAAGUUAGCAUUCCAAAACUUUAUGCUGGGGGAAGAGGAAAUUAAAUUCACUGUAUUAUGAACCUCUAAGGGUUUGUUGCACUUUUCCUGCUUUGUAGGCCUGGGUAAUAGUCUCACCAUCCCUUAUCUACCAGGGCACGGUUCAAGGUGGUCUCUUGCUUUCAGUGGGAACUGGGCUGGGCUUACCUAGGGAAAAAGCUGUUGUGCUAAUGUGAAAAUGUCAUACAAUUGGCUGAACUUUUGAAGAUGGUAAGCUUAAGGAAUUGCAUGUUGUUCCGAAAUGCAGACUUUUUUUUUUUUUUUUUCGAAACAAGCUGAUUUUUUUUUCUCUUCCUGACUUAAGUUUCAGCUCCCAUUAAAAGUUCUUAUGUCAGUUAUUUUUCUGGUUUAAAUUUCCCUUGCAUUUCCACCUGUCAUGUCCAUGGCAGUGACAUACUUCACUUACCUGUUUAUUUACUUUACCUUUCUUAUAACAGCAAAUUAAGUUGAAAACUGAAUCUUCCUUGUCCUAGUAACAUUGUAUAAAAAAGUGACUUCUCUGUACAAAGGUUGCAAUGCCUCCUGAUGGAUAUAAUUUUGUGAUUGUAUUUAAGAUUAAAAGUUGAAUAAAUCACACCAGCUUCCUGAAAAUGUUCAUGAUGCAUCUUUUUGAAAACAAAAAUACAUGCCUACUUUGUGCAUAUUUGCAUUAAUGUGGCAAAGAUUGUAUGAAAUACCUGUUUUUCAAAAAAUAAACGUCUCA